GCCUAUAAAAGGGAGUGCGAUUCUCCGUUCUACGCAUCAGUCAUUUUCCUAAUCGACCAAGGAGAAAAUAUCAGCGUGAGAUGAAGUGCUUACCCGCGGUUAUCCUAGCCGUCCUCUUGGUCGCGACGGAGAGCAAGGUGGUGCCGGCUAGCGAUGUCGAGAGUCAGCAGACUGGUACGCAACCCCUUCAAUUGUCCGACUACAUCAAAGAGGCCCAAAAUGCCAUCAACAACUUCGGCGCUCAGCUUCAGCAAAACUUGCCCAACCAAGAGGAAUUCUUCAACACCAUGAAGGAGCAGAGCAACAACCUGGCCACCAAUAUUCAGGCGUACAUGCAGAACAUGACUGACGAGAUCAAGGCCAAAAGCCCCGAAUUGGAGACUAUUUGGGCAAACAUGAAGACCAGGCUAUCCGAAGCGGUCGACAAUCUAAAUGUCAAUCCUGAGACGUCGGAACAGGUGAAUCAAUUGCGUACCAAGUUCCAAGAGGGUGUCCAGACUAUCGUGACGGAAUCGGAGAACGUCGCCAAGACCAUCAAUGAGAAUUCCAGCAAGGUUCAGGAGGGCAUCGCCAAGCUGACCAAGCAGGCGAUCGACAUGGCCGUGCAGGCUUCGCAGAAUUUCAACAACCAGCUGCAGCAGGCUACUACGCCAGUGCCGCAAGCAUAAAAUUAAAAUUAACACAAAUUUCGUGAAAUAUUACUCGUGUAGGAACGCGCGAAGCAUCUUGAGCAAAUCUGUACGGAGAGAUGCAACUUUGCGUCAGCCGAUCCGCAUAUCAAGUAAUCUUGCAACAGAAAUACAUACACGAUUCAAACGUGCUCGACAGCUGACAAACGAUUGUUAAUAAAAAAAAAAGUACUUGAUCGUU